AUGUUACGUGUUAAGAAAGUGAAAAAUGAUAAUCACAAAUGGACAUAUUGGUAUUAUUACUUUGAUAAAUAUGAUCCACUGUUGAAAAUAGCAUUUCUUUGUGCCGAUGAGAAUCCAGGGGAGAUAAUUUGCCAGUAUAUUGAAGAAGCCAUGUUAUCUAACACUCAGAACAAGCCUUGUUCCUAUACUUUAGGACCAACUGUUACAAUUACUUCCAAUAGUUUACAAGAAACCAAAAAGCAUCUUUUACAAGAUAUUAUCUAUGUGGAAACAUUACCUGCAUAUCUAUCAUUGGUGAGACGACCUCGCAGAGAAUAUUUAUGUUGGGACAAUAAAAAUGGAGAAAAGAUUUCUUUGCUUGAACCCACUUUGUCCAUAUAUCUUUCACCAAGGGACAUUUACAGAAAUAAAUAUUCUGCAAUUUUAAAGCUGGAAUUUGAAGAUGACUCUUGCAGGCCAACAAUUGUGCUCACUUUAAAUGCUGAGACAACCGAUCCAAUUAUUUUCCGUUUUCAAGUGAUGAAUACAGACGAAAAUUUAGGUAAAAGUAUUUCCAUAUUAUAUGUUUGGAGAAAUAAAAUUAAAUGUCUGAAAGAUCCACUAUUUCUUGAUCUGUCACAAAUUGAAAACAAGUGGAAAGAGCGGGAUAAAAAUGAUGGAAUUCCUUCACAGCCAGAUUUAUUGCAUCCUGAAAGGAAAUCUCCUGAUAUGAAUGCAAGCAAGGUAAGCAUAGUUUAG